AUGAAUAUAGAUCUGAAUUCACUUCCUCCAGAGUUUCAAUCUAAAUUGCUGGUUUUACAAAAUGAGUUAGCUGAGGGUUACAUCACGCAAAAAGGGUUUGAAAAAUCAAGAAAUGAUAUAUUACAGGAGUAUAGGCAACAAUUAUCUAGUUCUUUUCAUGAUGAUCAAUCAUAUUAUGAAGAAUUUGCUUCGACUUUGCCAAUUCAAAAUUUGCAAAUAUCUGGUCUAGAUUCAAACGAAGCCGCAUCUUUUGAUGAUAGUGAUUAUGAAAAUGAAAUUAAUCAACCACAGUUUUCUUCUUCACCAAAUGAAUUUUAUUCUGAACAAUAUUACCCUAGACAAUCAUCAUCUCCGAUACCACCGCCGCCUCCUGAUAUUUAUUAUAAUAAUGCUGUAAGCGCUGAUUUUGAUAGGGCGAGAGCGCAUAAUCGCAAUCUAAGUUCUGAUUCAGCCAAUUUACGUAGGAAUGAAUCUCAACAACUAAAACCCAGAGACUCUACAAGAAUACCACCACAAAAUCAUGCGCAAAUUAAUUACGGACCAUCACCAUCAACACAACAUCAUCCGAUGUCACAACGCCCACCACCACCACAUAUAUAUCAAUCAACAUUAUAUCCCAAUAAUGGUAAUAAUGGAGUUGGUCCAAAAAUCAUAAAUAAUCAUCCUUUUGGACCUCCUAUCAGGCCUACUAUCCAUCCGUCACGUCCACAAAGACAACCUUCCAUUAGACCACCAUCAGAAAAUACAAAUAUUAUUAGAACGCCAUCAUCUUAUAUUCCAAAUACUGAUAUUAUUAAUAGAACUAAACCAGUCUAUGAAAAUCAAUUUGACAGAACAUUGAGUUUAACAGCAGGUAGAAAUCAUGUCGCGGAUGAUAAUGGCAGCAUUAAAGAUUUUACUAGAAUUAAUGAUGAAUUUGGAAGAUUUGCAGACGAUAAUACAUCAAUUAGAUCUAAUCGAUCAACUUUCAUUGAUUUUCAAAAUGGAAAUUCUAAUAAAUUUGAUACAAUGAUUGGGCCUGAUGAUAGACCUAUUGGAAGAAAUGCCGGGGACAGAAUGUCAUUCUAUAAUAAUAAGAUAUAUUCAGGAAUCUUGGAUGCAUUACCAAAUCAUGAUCCAGAACUAGUAAAAUUAGCAGGGCUACAAUUCAUGCCGUUUGAACAAAGAGAAUUACAUUUUGAAAACAUUGAUCCGCUUAAUCCAUUACAAUCUUUGUCCGUCUUUACAGAUAUAGCAUCUAUUUUAAGAUAUAGAGGGCAAUCGACACCUAAUCAGACAGCAUAUAUAGUUGUGGAUUCAAAAGGCAGAGAGGUUGGUGAUAUGACAUGGAAAAAGUUACAUUUAAGAGCAGAAAAGUUGGCCCAGAUUAUCACAAGAGAAGGUGGAUUGAUGAAAGGUGAUCGAGUAGCAUUGAUUUACCGUAAAACUGAAAUUUUAGAAUUCUUGGUGGCAAUGUUUGGAUGUUUUUUCGCUGGUGUUGUGGCCGUGCCAAUUAAUACCGUAGAUGAUUUUAAAGAAUUGUUAUUUAUACUAGAGAGCACAAAUACUAAAUUAGCCUUAACAACAGAACAAGUUCACAAAGUUUUUACAAGGGAUUUGCAAGCACAAAAAAAAGAAUUGCCUGCAUCAGUGUUAUGGUGGAAAACCGACAAUUUUGGCAUGCUAAGUUUGAAAAAAAACGAGGAAUUAAAUGAAAUAAAUCUGGCAGACUUGGCAUAUAUCGAAUACACAAAAAGCCCUAAUAGUGAACUAAAAGGUGUAGCAAUAAGUCAUAGAACUAUUAUUUCACAAUGUUCUGUAAUGAGAGGUUCAGUCGUUGACAAUAUAAUUAGGGAUCAAUUAAUUGACAAAAGACAAAUGCAACAACAAAAUCCUUUGGGUGUAUCAUACGAUAGUAAUGCCUUAGGCAUGGGAAAAUAUGGACCUUUAUAUGAUAUUGUCUUAAGUUAUUUAGAGCCUAGACAGCAGGUUGGAAUAUUAUUAACUGCUUUUUGGGGAGUUUAUUGUGGUAAUAUCACAAUAUUUUUGGCUAGCACAGGACCUGAUGUACCCGGUCUUUGGACUAAUUGUUUAUCAAAAUAUAAAGUUACAAUUGCGUUGGCUGAUUAUCCAGGGUUAAUGCCAAUGGUUAAAUCAUUUAAAACUGAUCCAUCCGCAACAAUUAAUUAUAAUAAAAAACAACCACUAGAUUUAAGGGCAUUGAGAUUUUUAUUUAUCGAUACAUUAGUAAUAAAUGUUGAGAAAAAUGAUGACAUAAUAGAAAAUUUUUUAAGUAAAUUAGGUGUAAAAAAUCCAGCUGAUGUAUUAACGCCAUUAAGUAGUUUACCAGAACAUGGUGGUAUGGUAUUAUGUUUUGGAGACUUAUUAGGUGUGCCUGGAUUAGAUGAUAGAAAUGAAGGUGAAAGAGGCGUAGUAGAAUUUUUGUUAGAUAGAGAAGAAUUAAAAUCUAAUAAAAUAAUGGUUGUCGGUAUGGGAGAAGAGCAAUGCAGAAAACGAAGCGGAGAUAAAACACUCAUGAGAGUUGGUGCAUUUGGAUUUGUUAUGCCUGAAGCCACGAUAGCAAUUGUGGACCCAGAAACGACUGCAUUUUGCCUACCUAAUACAGUCGGAGAAUUAUGGGUGGAUUCGUCUUCAUUAUCAGGUGGUUUUUGGAAUUUACCAAAACAUACAGAAUCGAUAUUUCAUGCAAGACCAAUAUUUGUAUCAAGUGAAACCGGUAUACCAGAAUACUUUGAACAAGAAUUUUUAAGAACAGGGUUAUUAGGAGCAUUAAUCAAUGGACAAUUGGUGAUAUUUGGAUUAUAUGAACAAAGAAUUAGACAAUUGGUUGAACCAGUACCAGAAGACAAAAAUACUGUAUUGAAUAAUAUUGAUGCUAUAAGUGAUUGUGUUGUAAUUGAGAUAUAUGCGAAUGAACAAACUUUACCAGUAUUAUUAGGAGAAUCAUUAUAUUCAUUAGAUAAACUACCAAAAGUAUCAGAUGAUGUUUAUAAUAUCUUGUUAGAAAAUCACGGUGUAAAAAUCUAUUGUAUAGGCAUAUGUCAACAAGGUUCUUUGCCUAGAACUUGGAAAAAUGGAAAGCAUUUAGUCAAUCCAUUAUAUUGUAAAAAAUUUUACGAACAUGGAAAAUUAAAUUUUACAUACAUUAAAACAAAUGUUCAUGAGACCGUUUAUAAUUUGCCUGUGGGAGAAGAUACUAUGGCUGGAAUUUGGGGCCCAAAUGCAAUGGCAGCUAGGCAGGAACAAUUAAACAGUAGUGCUUCACCGAUCAUCAAAAGACCACAAAUAACAGGGAUAGAACAUACUGAAGAAGUUCUAGAUGAAAGAACAGGAUUAAAUCUAUUGAAAUUCCGUAGCAUAAUUGAUGUAUUGUUAUGGCGUACACUAAUUUCACCAGAUGAAACAUCGUACAAUGUAUUAGAUAAUAAAGGUAAAGAAGGUAAACCUAUAUCAUGGAAAAAAUUAAAUAUAAAAAUAGCAACGAUAGCAAAUUAUUUACAAAAAAAAGGGCCAAAAGCUAAUGAUACCGUCAUAUUGAUAUAUCCACACGGAAUUGAUUUUGUUUGUGCGGUAUAUGCAUGUAUGGUAUUGGGUAUUGUUAGUAUACCAAUACCACAAAUAGAAAUUUCUAGAUUAAGUGAAGAUAUUCCGGCAUUGUUUGGAAUCAUUGAUGAAUUCAAAGUUAGCAAUAUACUAGUUAACACAGACACAGAGAAUAUUUUAAAAAGCAAGACAGUUCAAAACUUUUUGAAAACAAUGUCAACAACACCUAAUAGUAGUACUAGUUCAACCAAUAACAGAGAUAGCGUUGGCAUGAAUUUUACAAGUAAUGGAAAAUUACCAGUCUUAAUUAAUACAACAAAAGCGCCAAAAUACACAAAAACGCUUAAAGAAUCUAAUUAUUUGUUACAAGAAGAAUGGAUAAAUCCAAAUCAUACGGCGGUCAUAAUGUGUUAUUUCAGUUCAGACCAUGGAAAGUCGUGUGUUAGGUUGAACCAUCAGAACUUACUGGCAUUGUGUAAGGUACAAAAAGAAACUUGUAGAUUGACCACUACAAGAGCUAUAGUUAGCAGCGUCAGAAGUACAUGCGGUAUUGGAUUUGUUCAUACAUUAUUAAUAGGAGUUUAUCUUGGAUCACCAACUAUAAUAAUUACACCAAAUGAUUACUCUGAAAAUCCUUUAAUCUGGUUUGAAACAUUAUCGAAAUUUAAAAUUAAAGACACUUAUGCAACAUUUCCAAUGUUACAACAUGCUAUGAAGAUUUUUGAAACCGUUGAUUAUAAAAGUUUUUCUUUACAACAUUUGAAAAAUUUAAUGAUACCGAUUGAUACAAGACCAAACGCUAAUCUAUAUAAAAAAAUUGUUCGAACAUUUUUGACGAAUAGAUUGGAUGAUGUAUCAGUGAAUUAUAUAUAUAGUCAUGUAUCUAAUCCAAUGAUAACAACAAGAUCAUACAUGUGUGUUGAACCAAUUGAAUUGUAUUUAGACUUAAAAAGUUUAAGGCGUGGUAUAGUAAGAGUGGUCAAUCCUGCGGAUGAGCCCUAUGGAGUUCUACUGCAUGACUCUGGAAUGGUACCUGUUUCUACACAAGUAGCAAUCGUACAUCCAGAAACAAGAAGGCCGUGCCUAUCAAAUGAAUUUGGUGAGAUUUGGGUUUCAUCGGAUGCAAAUGCUAAAUCUGCAUUGUUAAACAAUGAUCCAUUGGAACAUGAAAGAUAUAAUGCAGUAAUAGAUGGUGGUGAUCAACGUUUAAAAUAUUUAAGAACAGGAGAUUUGGGAUUUUUAUAUACAGUACAUAGGCCUGUUGGUGAAGGCGGUGCAUUAGUAGAAUUUCAAUGUUUGUUCUUUUUGGGACCAAUAGCCGAGACAAUCGAGGUUAAUGGGUUAAUGCAUUUUCCUGUUGAUGUUGAAUUUACAGUUGAAAGAUGUCAUCAGCUUGUAAAUCCUAGUUUAAUAGUACCUGAUGGAUGUGUAAUAUUUCAAGCAAAUGAUGAAACAAUUUGCGCGGUAGAAGUGAGAUCAGUUGAUGGAUUAUUGAAUUUAAUACCUUGUAUAAUAAAUUCAAUAUUAGAUGAACAUCGAUUUAUAAUUGACGUCGUAGCUUUUGUCAGUUCUAAUAAUAUGCCUAGGUCAAGACUAGGUGAAAAGCAAAGAGCCAAAGUUAGAGCAGCUUGGUGGACUGGUAAUUUGGCAACAUUACAUAUUCAUCAUGUAAAACCAUAUACAACGUCGACAAACAAUCCUCGAAGGAAUUAUGGCAUUCUCCUGUUGGUCAAACAUAAAAGAGUUGAUAAAACACAGUCAAUUGAAUUGUAA